AUGACCCAUCCGAUCGCUCUCCUCCUUUUGGUUGCAGUUUGUCUCGUAGCAUUCUGUCAAGCUGCAUCAGUCUCUGGAUCGAUUGCAACCAACGCUAUUCUCACAGAUAUCAAUCAGCUACGACCAUCCACACGAGUGCUUCUUGAUGGUGGCAAAUACACAUCACAUAUCACGACCAACGGCAGGUUUGAAUUCUCCAAUAUUGAACCUGGAAACUAUCUAUUAGAGGUGCAAUCGGUCGACUAUGUUUUUCCCAAGCUUCGCGUAGAGGUGGAUAAUGAAAAGGGAUUGACUCGGGCAGCUUACAGCAUUUAUGGCCAAAGUUGGGAUAAGACCGGGUACACAGUUGAGCAGCCAUUGGAGCUUCGUGCAAAGGCUGUUGCCAAUUAUUUCAUGCAACGACAAGGAUUCAAUGUCUUUGGUUUGUUCAAGAAUCCAAUGUUCUUAAUGCUCGGUGUCAGUGGAUUGAUGCUCCUUGUAAUGCCAAAAAUGAUGCAAAACCUUGAUCCGGAAGCCUUGAAGGAAAUUUCCCAGACUCAAGCUGAUGCACAAAAGAUGAUGACGGAUAUGCCUAGUCUUGCUAAAAUGCUAGGUGGUGGAGGUCAACAAUCGGGUAGUCCAAAUAGACAGCAACAACAACGUCGAUGA